UCAUACCCAUCUGAGUGUAACUGUGGGGCUCAGGCUAACUUCCUGCACACAGCAGUACCGUGUUUACCAGUGUUAAAUAAACCCUCUCAGGGUUCAGUAACCGCCGGGCUCAGCUUCCUGAAACACGGGGGGAUGUAUCUCUGUACACCCGCUCUUCAGCAGGGCAGAACCAGCGGAACAGCUGCGCUCUGUACACAACAUUAACCCGAGCUACAGGUUACCGGAAGAGCCGCGCUGUAGAUCCAGGAGCACCAUGUCCAGAAGAACCUCUUCCUUCACUUCUUCUCCUCCGUCUCCCUCUCCCUCUCCUUCUGCCUCCUUUCCUUUAUUCAGUCCUGCUCACAGAGACGGGAGACUGCUAAAGCUCGUUUCUGCUGUUUUUUAUGCUGUCAGUUCAUUUCUAAUCAUCGUUAUCAACAAGACUGUUCUCACCAACUACAGAUUUCCUUCAUACACAUUCCUUGGGAUUGGACAGAUGGCAUUCACCAUCAUCAUUCUCUAUUUAGCUAAAUCAUUCAAAGCUGUCAGUUUUCAGGACUUUGACAAAAGCAUACCUGUAAAGAUGUUUCCUUUACCGUUACUCUACGUUGGAAAUCAUGUCACAGGUCUGGGAAGCACAAAGAAAUUAAGCUUACCCAUGUUCACCGUGCUCAGAAAAUUCACUAUUCUCCUCACAAUGAUAAUGGAGACCAAAAUAUUAAGAAAGACGUUUUCACCUCAGCUGGUGUGCAGUGUACUGGCCAUUGUGUUCGGGGCUCUGAUCGCUGCAAGCUCUGACCUUGCUUUUGAUGCAGAGGGAUACACUUUUGUUCUCCUCAAUGAUGUCUUUACAGCUGCCAGCGGCGUUUAUACGAAGAAGAAAUUAGGAAUAGAGGGCCUUGGCAAGUACGGGCUUUUGUUCUAUAAUGCGUUCAUCAUCAUUAUACCCACUAUUUUGGCAAGUGCCUACACCGGAGACUUGGAAAAGGCCAUCAUGUUUAAAGGCUGGUUGUCUCUGAGUUUUAUUGUAUAUUUUAUGAUGUCUUGUGCCAUGGGGUUUGUAUUGAUGUACUCCAUUGUUCUGUGCAGUCAUUACAACAGUGCCUUAACCACCACAGUCAUUGGGGCAAUUAAGAAUGUUGCUGUAGCCUACAUCGGGAUGUUCAUUGGUGGAGACUACGUCUUCUCAUGGCCAAACUUUGUUGGACUGAAUAUAUGUAUCUCUGGUGGCUUGGUGUACUCAUAUCUGACCUUUCAUGGUGGGUCUUCUGCACAAACAGCAACCCAGGAAGAGAGCAGACUGAGAGUUCAUGUGGUAGAAGAAAACACAGAAGAGAAAAGCCAGUUCUCAGAUAUACUAACACUACAGUCUGUUAAACCUCCAAUCUGAGAGUGGAUCAUUACAGGGUAUGAAGUUACUAUCAGGGAUUGUAUUGUUUACAGUAAAUGUGUAGUUUUUCCCCUGUGUAGAUGAAGAAUUUCUGCUAACUUAUUUUGAACCAAAUGCAAUAUUGUCAAGCUUCAGAAAAUUGAUAUACGAAUAUUCGAUAUAUGAAGGUAAAGUGUUAACUUAUUAGUUUAAGUUUAUUGUGUCCAAUCCAUGUGACCAAUCUAGCAAUAACAGAUAUUUUUAUACACAGUAGCUUCAUUACGGGGACGAACAGAAAAGUACAGUAUAUUUUACUGUACAUUAAGGGACAGUUCCCCUGACAGAGAUUAUGCCUAGUCUUGGACUGUACUGUAUUUCUAAUGUAGAUUUCUACUGAAAAUAAAAUAUAAUCUAGAUUAGAUUAGCCCUAGUUUUUGUCCAGGAACCUGACUCAAAGUGAAGUAAAAUUGAGCAAAAAAUGCACAAGCGAAAAUGGAAGGACCUUGACACUGAAACAUAUUUAAGUUUUUAAGGUGCUAUAUUUGUGGACUAAUGGGUAUGGUAAUAUGGUAAUUAAUUGGUUGUACUGAUCCUAACAGAAAGAUUAAGUUGCUUAAUUGUUGGUGAUAUUAUUUUAAUCCUCCUAUUAUGUUCUGGGUCAAAUUGACCUGUUUUAAGAUCAGUUUAAAGAUCUAGUAAAAACAGUUAAAAGUAUUUGUUCUGUAUGAAACUUCUUCUGUUUGCCUUAAUUAGUGUAAUCAACAUAUAGCAGGAAUAUGGUUCAUCUCAUAUUCACAACCAACUAAAACAAAAUUGCAAUGUUAUGUUUCAUUGUUAUGUAAAACUAUAGAUUUUUAUAUGUUGGUCUUUUAAAAGUAAAAACGUAGUGAAAUGUCAAAAAACAUUUUAAAAAGUAUUGUUUUUAUGAAAAACGAGUUAAAAAUCCUAACUGAACUAUUACCUGUUAGAGGUAAGAAACUCCAAAUAAUGAUUAACAAUAUUUACACUGCUUGGUGCUGGUUUCACACACCACUGCUGUUCCUGACAAAUGAAUGUACAAGUAGGGUUAAAUAGUAUAAAUUUAAAUUGGCGUUAUUAUAGUUAUAAUUAAUCUAACUUGUAACUUAUUGGCAGGAGAAAAGAAACAUCUCCUGGUACUUUGAAUGUUUAAAUGAAGGUCAAUAAAAGUAUUUAAUUUUAAUAAUACUUUGUUUUAAUAUUAUAGAAACAAAGGUAUAAAUAAUUAUAUUAGUAGUUACAUGGUUCUUGGUUGGUUGUGUGUUGCAGAAUUAGUGAUCCUAUUUUUGACGUCUGCUGUUGUCUCUCAAUCACACCUUUAACAUUUGUUUAACAUUGUUGGCUUGUAUUUUAACCUAGCAUGGGCAUGUGGAUCAGGCCUCGCUCCAGCUCAUAUCAUUGAUAUCACCUUGAUAGUAAUACACUGGCCAGUGUUCAGCCUCACUCUGAAUGUAAACACUCACACAUCAGGUGUGAAUUUACAUGCUGCUUUUGGCAUAUCAGUGUGCAUGUGUCAGAUACUACAUAAAAUAAAAUGCCUUUACUAAAUAACUACAUGUUUAUAUGUUAACUGCUUAGAUUUAAUAAAAAUGGCCGGUCCAUUAGCUUAUAGCACAAUCACCGCUAACAAUACUAAAGCAAAUAUACAGAAUUUUAAAGCCAAAAAUGGACUGCUUUUGUAUGGUUAAGUCUAUAUGACUGUAGGGAAAUCAGAUCUGGAUGUUCUUGGACUCCCACAUUUCUGUUACACUGGAUUUGAAGAGGUUGUUGUUUUGUUGUGAGUGCCGCCAAAGAUGCGUUGCAGAUUUUAUUGAACUUGCACUUAAAACCUCCAAAUGUGAUUAUCGUCAUUUCAGUUCAACCUGGAAACAAUGUAAAUAUACCAAAAAUCAGAUUUGGUCUGGCAGUGUGAACAUAGCCAAAAACACUGGACUCUGGAAUGUUCACAUAUCUCCCCUACGGGAGCAGGAAUGAGCAUCCCUAGCUUAUAGUUACUGAAACCAGAAAACACCAUCUGUUGACAGUGCAGAUAUUUGAUACACAGGGUGAGUCAAAAGUCACAUUUUUUUUUUAAGAAACAAAAGGGAAUUAUAUAUCUGAAUACUCUAACAAGUAUGACAUCUUGAAAGCCACCAAUUUGUUUUAUUAAAUGGUGUCCUGCGAACAGACCCUGUCUGUUGAUGUAAGUGAAGCAGUUAGUAAAAAUAAACGUGUAAUCCAAUUAUUAACAUGAAUUAAGAUUUUUUUUUAAUGUGAACAUUGCCUUUGCCUAUUUUGUUUUUUGUCAUUUCAAUCAAUUCCAAAUGUUUUAGACAAAUUGUAUAAUUAAUGUAAAACCAUGUUUUUUGUGUCAUAAGAAAAUAAGAACGUAUAUAAAUAUAACGUGGUCGAAGACUUGUGUACUUGUUCUAUGUAUUUUGAUUUAUUGAUUUAUAAAAGAAAAGUAACAAAG